AUGUCCACGUCCAACGUCAAGACAGAGGCAAAUUCAUCUCCACUGGAAGACAGCUCGCAGUCUUCUUCUUCUUCUCCUCCUCCUCCUGGCGAUGUCUCGGUUGACAGAAUCACCAGCUUCCAUGGCACGCUUAAUAGAUUUCUUCUUACGAGCAAUACGGCCGAUAUAUCAGCAGACGUGCGCCCGAGUCCAUCCACCUUGGAGGGUCUCGACACCUCGGCGGGAACAGAGACGAGUACAGCCUCGCGAAAUGUGCUGGAUCAUCUCAGCGUGACCAAAACUCGACCACGCACCCGGACUACUCCUACUACUGUCGCCGCCGCCAAUCCCAUCAGACCGAAAGGGGAACGAUCCAGCACAGCACAUCUCACAUCCUCCCGGUCCCCCAUCACCCAGACAAACCGCAUUACCCGCUCGCGCUCCUCCUCCUCGAUACCGCAAUCCUCGCCAUCCCCUUCCAACGCCUCGCCGAGAAGAACAAGAACGCCCCGCUCACGAAAGCCAAAGCCCCCUCCCACUCAUUACCCCACAGCCGCAGACUCCCUGCUCCAGGACACCAUCCCCCCGAACCUGACUCUCCUCCUCGUCGGCGUCAACCCGGGCAUUCUCACCGGGACAACGGGAUUCGCCUACGCACACCCGUCCAAUCUCUACUGGAAACUCCUCCACUCCUCCGGCAUCACCUCCGUCCGCCACCCUCCCUCCGACACCUACAAGCUCCCCGCCCUCUACAACGUCGGCAACACCAACAUCGUCGAACGACCUUCUCGCGACGCAAGCAUGCUCACCAAGGCCGAGAUGGACGCCGGCGUCCCCGUCCUCGAAGCAAAGGUAGCUGCACAGCGACCCGAGGCAGUCUGUCUCGUGGGCAAGGGGAUCUGGGAGGCCGUGUGGCGCGUGCGUCACGGACGGGCUCUUCGGAAGGAGGAAUUUCGAUACGGAUGGCAGGAUGUACAGGAGAAUAUGGGGUGCACAGCGGACAGCGACUGGAAGGGGGCUCCGGUCUUCGUGACCACGACAACAAGUGGACUUGCGGCGGGGAUGAGCAUGGCGGAGAAAGAGGCUAUCUGGGCGGAGUUGGGCGCCUGGGUGGUGAAGCGGCGGGCUGAGACGGGAUUCGAACCUGUUGGGCCAGAUCCAGAUCUGUGA